AUGGAGAAAUGCGAUCCGAUCCCUAACACAUAUAAGCCAAGACGUUUCCAUUGGUACAUACGUCCAAAGGAUAAGGAUAUUUUUGACGCUGAAAUGAAUCCUUCGACUUCACAAGAUCUCAGCCAGCAGUCUCUGUCUCAAAGUAAUAGGUCUGAUUCCACCGCAGACUAUCGAUUUUGCCAUGGAGGUGUGUCGGCCAAAUAUCUCUCAAAUAUGAUUAUUAUCGCUUUGAUACAGGAGAUAAGUGUUGGUCUAAUUCUUUCAACAGCGCCAGUGGAUUGGUUUCGGGAGCCGAAGUUUAUUAUUUUGACAACAUGUCGUGUGCUUCAGCUUAUUCCUUGUUUUCUUGCACUUGCUGGUAAUUAUACAAAUAAUGCCACUCUUCUUGUACCAUUCAUGUUGUCGCAGACCUCUCUCGGCAGCUACGCGGAUCUUUCGACAUACAUGCUACUCAUCCAGAAUUUUCAAGAUGCCCAUCCAGAUUUUUGGCUGUUCGCCAGCCCGCUGUUGUACGUCGUGAUUCCUGUCCUUAUUUAUGCCGUACUACUACUACUAUGCAUCUAUAUCACUAAUAAAUCGAUUAAAUUUGUUAAUAUGAAACGGCUUGGAUCAUUGAAUAAAAAUCCCGCUGACACACAAGUUGAAUCCUUAAUGUGA